CAAAGAAAGUCUAUAAGAUAAGCUAUUUAAUACCCAUAACAGUGGUAGAAGGUUACAUAUUCUAUUUACAGUAAUUUAUUUAACAACCGCCAAUUGAAUUCAUUAAACAAAACCUCUGUUGUAGUGUGUAGAACUCUAAAGUUCUUGUUACUUAUUCUGUUACUGUGUUACAGGUAAAUAAGAGCCCUUUAUUACACACGACCUUAAAAUUGUUGACGUUCAAUGCCAUUACAAAUUAUAUUAAACAAAUAAAAGUGUAGGAAAAUUCCUAUUUACAAAAAUAACUCUAAACUGAAUUAUUAUUAAUUUUCCGUAAAUUUGAACCAUCUUCUUCUGUAAUUAGGAUUCACGUCCUAUAACAUUUGAAACAGAGAGAAUCAUAAUCAAUAAGAGUGUUCUUGCGCAAAAACUCGUAUGUUGCGAAAUAUUUGCCCAAAUGCCACCCAAUCAUUUUGUUAAAUCAUUUUGUUAGCAAGUACAAUUUUUAACUGGAGAAAAAAUGAAACGAUUCAAACAUAAAAAAAAUGUUUCUCAAAGGCCGUACAAGUGUUAUUAGUGUAUUAUAAAUAUCGAAUUCUUCAUGUCCAGUAUUUUAAAAUUCAUUAAAUAUGCAUUUAACAAACACCCAAUCAUUUCCAAUUCGCUGGUGUACGGGACACUUUACGUAGGAGCUGAGUUUUCCCAACAAACCAUAUCGAGAAAAGUUCUGACUAAAACGCCCACACCUUACGACACCCCAGCAAUCGCUAGAUAUGCGAUUUACGGAACUGGGAUACAGGGACCAUUUUUGACCAUUUGGUAUAGAUGGCUAGACAAGAAGUUUAUAGGAACAUCGUACAAAAUUGUAGCACAAAAAUUGCUACUGGACCAAUUCUUAAUGACCCCACAAAUUUUGAUUAUUUUUUAUGUUGCUAUGAGUAUUAUGGAAAAGAAGAAGGAUAUUUUUGAGGAGUGUAAACAGAAGAUUAUUCCCACAUUUAAGACUAGUUGCAUGUUUUGGCUUCCCGCCCAAACUGUAAAUUUCUUGUUAAUCCCCCCUGCCUUUAGGGUCGUUUAUGUUGGGACUUGUUCAUUUGCUUGGGUCAACAUUUUAUGUUGGAUUAAACGACAAGAAUAUUAAGAUUUUGCAAACUACAAUAAUGGUCAAAGCUUAAUCUUACAUUUUGACAAAAUGUCUAAAGUAAUGUAACAAAUAUUAAAAUGUUAAAAUGUAGGAGAAAUUUGACAGUUCUUUUUAAAUAAGUGACAGAAGAGGACAAUAAUUCUAUUUAUAGCUGUUAUGAAUGUGAAUGUUACGAAAUUUUAACAACUGAUGGCACUAUUUAACUUUAAAUAACUAUACCUCCAUUGUGAUAUUUUCAACAGUACAUAUCAUAAAUAGUUGUUUUUGCCCGAAAAUAUGCAUGUUACCCUUAUUAACAAUGUUUUUCGGAAAUUAAAAACAACUAAAAAUUCUUAGAAACUAGCACUUCCAAAAAUCAUUCAAAUGAAUCGAAUUUAUUGAUGUUGCAUUUUAAUUUCAUAUUGAAACAAUCAAUUUUAACAUAAACGUGUUUAUUUGUAUGAUGUAACAUUUUUAAUGCUUAAUAAAAUUUUAUCUCAGUCGUA